GAGACGAUUCAAGAGCUUGCACCUGUCACCAGAAAUUUUCUCUCCAAAUUUCCGAUCCAUCCCUUGUUAAAAUAAACAAAUCAUCAUAUCUCAGGGACGUAAAUCACUCAAGGUCAUUGCUUCACAAUAUGAGGAAGAAUAUUGCCUGUGAAGAGAUUGAAACGAUUUUCUAUCACUGCUGAGGCAAAAUGACGUUGAAAUUGAAGGAGAAAAUUUGUGACUAUCUGAGAUUGGAGAAUAAUGGCAGCAAGGGGCUUCUGUGUAAAAAUAGAUUUCGAUUUGCAAGCAAUAACGUGUCCUGGAGUCUGGCUCUGUCCAAAUGGAACAGUAGCACUUCGUAUAAACGCCUUCAACUCCCACAUUCAGUCCCAGAAGACAACUCCGAUAUUUCCCCUCCUAUUUAACGACAAAUUUCUUUUUAAAAAAGUAUUUACGGGUAUCAGCACUCUCAGUGAUCUUCAAUGUUGCCUGGAAGAGGAGUUCAUUUAUGCUGAAUUAAUUCAGUGGCCAUCGGUGGGAUGCAAGGGCAUGAUCCUUGCAACUUUUGAAACUAAUCUUGUGGAUCUUCUCUAUCCUGUUCCCUGUUUCAAGGGGUUGUUGGCUGGGGCUGAUGUCGACCUCUUAAUGGAAUGCAGUAAAUAUUUUCCGGGUAUCAUAGCUCCAAAAAUUGAAGUUUCUACCAGAACGGUAAUCGAAGAAGUUAUAGGAAUGUGUGAAUUGGAUUUUACUGGGUCACACGUUAUAAAUCCAAAACUGAUAAACUCGAAGGGGCGUCCUUGCGUGCACCGGAAACAGCCACCAGUAGGUAUAUUACGACAGAGAAAGGUGUGUCACAGCCAGGGAAGAUUGAAAUCGUCAACUCGCUGCAGACAUCACCAUCACCAACCAUGCAUCUCUGAUCCUCUCCUUAUUUCUGCAACUACUCAACAAUCACAAUUGCACGUGAAUCAGUGCUAUCAAAAUCGAAAGAAGUCUCGACAACCCUUGAACCCAGGCCCAUGUUCUAGAAUUAUCGAAUCCUCGGGACUUCACCAUCGUUAUCAUGACCUCGACGAUUGCUCUGUCUGCUUGAAGUACAGAACUCUCUUUUCAAAGGAAUUAAACCACGACACCGUGUGCCUCUGUGACUCUGACACACGUAAAGAAGCUAUUUACGGUGUUUGUGAUGUCUCAAACUGCACUGAACAUGCUUCAUCAAAAUCUACUUCUUCUGUACUCCAAAGGAUCCGGAGUCUUCAGAAAAGCUCCAGGUGACUGCAAGUAAAUAAAAGAUGAAGAAAUUGAAAAAGCGAAAAAUAAAAUUUAUUGGUAAAAUAAAUUAUACCAAAUGUCUUCACCAAUUUUUCCGUUCGUCAGGUUGACUAAUUAAGUAUACGCCUUUUCAGUUAAUACUUGCAUUAUUAUUUAACAUAAAAAUGCUAAACGUAAAGAAUUCAGCUUCAUAUUCACCGAAAACAAUUUUGAUUCGCUAUUGUUGUUCCUUCAAUUCUUUUUAUUUACGAAAUUCAACUAUAACUCAAGUACUGAUUGUUUUCUCUUUCUUUCUUGCUGAGUGAAGUAUUUAGUGCAUACAUUGUAUUCUAGUAAUGAUCAUGGUACUUAAUAAUAAUAAUUGUGUUUUCUGGUUCGUAGCAUGCGACUCAUUAUAUGCCAAUUAUUACAGAAAUCAUUAUUCAUAAUGAAGCGUAGCUAGUGACUGAAUACAUUCGUAAUGUUUAGGAUAUUUUUGGUAACAUUCCACUGAAAUUUCAACAUAAUGUUCAUCAUCCCAUAAAGUUUCAUCUCUGGUUGCAAAAUUAAACUAAUUUAACAGAUAA